AUGUCCGCGCCGCCCCGGCGAGAGAGGCGGGACGCAGCUCGCGGCUGCCGCUCAGGUAGCCGUGCGGACGCGGUCGCUGCCGGGCCGCCGCGACGGGCCGCUGCCGCUCGCUGCCGUGCUCCGCGGCCUCCGCACCGCCUCCUCCCGGGCGGCCGCUGUCACCGCCGCCAUCCUCCGGCUCCCCGGCGGCUCGGAGAGUGGGAGGCGCCCGGCCGGAUUGGGGGCCGCCUCCCUGCGCGCCAGCCGCUCGCAACGGGAAAGAGGAACGGGCGGCGCGCGCCCCGGCAACCGUCGCCUCGCGGCCCGCACUGGAGGAGCGCCGGCCGAGGCGAGGCAAAGCGCAGAGAUUGGGUCCCGCUGCUCUGGCUCUGCCCUACAACUAGGCCGGCCCGCCCAGGCCCCGCCCAGCAUGUGGUGAUGGACAGACAGGUGGCUCCGCCCUCCAGGCGAAACUCCCACCACCACCAAUCAGAAGGCAGCCCCUCCUGCCGCACGUGGCCUGUGAGCGCUGGAGAACAGCAAGUGCACCUUUUCAUUGCUCGGGCGUUCGUGGCAGUGCCCCGUGUCCUGGAGCUUUUGGGUGGGUAGAUAAUGACCUUCGUUGGUACUGUAUAUACUGAUUAAGCAAACAAACAAGCAGUCUCUGCAAUGAAGACGAUUUAAAACAAAAAAAAACAGUACAGGAGCGAAGGACAGAACAAAACAAGGGGAAAGAAGGCUGAAGUCAACUUGAUCAGAAUUAUCCUAGGGAAAAAGAAGAGCACAAAAUUGAAAGAACGAAUAAUAAUCCAGCUUGACCUUCAAGGGUAGAGCAAAAACUGAGGUACAGAGACUAUCCUCUCCCUAAGAUCCAGCCUUCGGGCCUAACACCAAGCCAAAUUAUGCAGACUGUAAAUUGUUUUAUCUUUUUGGACUUUAGCUUCCUUGCCCAGAAUGUUUGAGUUAAAUCUCCAGAGCAAUAGCAGCUUUAAAAUCUUGUGGUUUCUCCGAAUGGAACUUAACAGGAUUCUAAACGCCUUCCUGUGUGUGGGGCUUGGUCUCACAGGCUCUGACCCUCCCAUUUGGCGGGUACUGGUUGCAUUGUCUAUGUGCAAGUGUGUUUGUACAAACUGCAGAAAUGCAGUCGCUGUUUUCCCCUUUUGUAUUUGUGGUGAGUCA